AUGACGCAGAACAUUCUUUUGGACCCCAGCAUCCGUGACUGGGUUCUGUUCCCCCUUAUUGCGUUGGUUAUUUUUGUUGGAAUCCUAAAGCAUUACGCCUCUAUUCUGAUGAAGACCAGCGCGUCUCCCAAGAUGGAGACCAUGUGCUGCGCAAAUACGGUCAACUGCGCACGGCACCUUCUCUCGGAGGGAAGGAAACUACCGUCGGAGGCUUUCCAGCAACGCGUAAAGGCAUUGCGUGAGGGGCCCUUGAAAAAAAAGAUUGAGGUAAACCCUAUGGAGAUCAUGAAUGACCCUACCGUUCUGGGCGAUAUGAUGAAAGGGAAUGUGUUGUCGAUGCUUCCAAGCAUGGGAAUGAUGAUGCUCGUCUCCUACUUUUUCUCUGGCUUUGUCGUGGCCAAGUUUCCAUUCGUGCUUGCAUCUAGGUUCCGAGGGAUGAUGCAGCGUGGCGUGGAGAUUGACGACCUCGACUGUAAUUACGUGACGUCACUCAGCAUGUACUUUCUGAUUAUGUUUGGCUCCAACAGCGUCCUUCAGCUUUUACUCGGAGAAGGGGGCAUCCCAGACGAGAACGCUAUGAUGAUGAAUUCAAUGAGUGGUGGAGGGCCUCAACAACCGGUAGAUUACAACAAAGUUUUUAAAUCCCUGUCGGACGAACUGGAGUACGCACAAGACAAGCACCGGUGGGUGUACGGAGAUGCCCCCCGUUUACUCCUUGAAGGUAAAUAG